AACAACGGCUAGCGAUGUGGCGAAGUCGAACUUCCUUACCCCUCCCAUGUGAGGUCCACAAGUCAAGACCACAACCAUUCGUGUACUGUGAGGCGAGCCACUGUGGUUGCCCCCAGAAACUUCGUGGAACUUUGGUAUUGAAGAGUCACUCACAAAGGAAUGAACUUGGCUUUCUCUUCAUCUGCUUGUUAUCCAUAUUCUGGAAAGACGGCCAAUGGCCAGGUUAGGCCUUUUAGGUCAGUCUUUAGUACCACCAGGAAACUCUUCAGGCCUAAAAUGUUUCCAUGUUUGGCAUCAAUAGCCACCCCAGAAUCUCAGGCAUAUGAUAUUGAAUUAGAGGACAAGAAGCUCAUACUUUUAAGUGCUAUCCAGGAGACACAGCGGGGACUCUCAACAACUGCUGAUCAACGCUCUUCCAUUGAGGAGUCUCUGGUGAAUGUGGAGGGGUACAACAUGGGUGAGCCAGUUGAUUUGGUGAAGUUGAAUGGAACAUGGCGCCUGCAGUAUACUUCUGCCCCUGAUGUGCUCAUUCUUCUGGAAGCCGCUGCUAGACUUCCUUUCUUUCAAGUUGGGCAGAUCUUUCAGAAAUUUGAAUGUCAUGAUCAAACUAAUGGAGGUAUCAUUCGCAACAUUGUCCGAUGGAGUAUUCCAAAUUUGCUGGAGGACCAAGAAGGUGCUACAUUGCUUGUAUCUGCAAAGUUUUCUGUUGUUUCUGCGCGUAAUAUCUAUCUUCAGUUUCAAGAGAUCACGCUCCAAGAUAUAAUUAUUAGUGAGGAGCUACAGGCUCUAAUAGCUCCAGCAAUACUACCACGGUCUUUUAUAAGUCUGCAGAUAUUACAAUUUCUCCGUACUUUCAAAGCUCAAAUCCCUGUUAGGGACCCUGGAAGGCAAUCAGUAGGAGGGCUAUAUUACCUAUCUUAUUUGGAUAAUAAUUUGCUUUUGGGUCGUGCUGUUGGUGGAGGAGGAGUGUUUGUGUUUACCAGAGCCCAAUCUCUUUACUGAUGAGCGAUACUUGAACUUGCCCUACUUGGCAACUGUAGUCAAUAAGCCUAUAUUUUGUUAGCAAGCGAUACGGAGAUCAAGUAACAAAUUCAUCAGGCAAAGGCUUAUGCCCCAGGUAUACUGAAGUUUUAGAUGCUACGUGUUUUCUUAACCUUGCAUCAAGUGUCUCUCAAUUAUGGUAAAUGUUCAAUUUUCAUUUUCCUAGAUCGCUUCAUGUAAAUUGCAAUGACUAUUUAACAACCCUUUUCUUGGUUGAGUCCUCAAAUACUCAUCAAAAUAACCAUCUAACCUGCAUUCAAUUGGGUGUCUGAAGGUUCCAGAGAUUUAUAUUUGAACUUUCCUUUUGAUGGUGAAAUUGAUGGGAAUGUUGCUCAUA